UGCAAAGCCACAACCACCGGCCCCGGAUGUGAAUAAAUACUGCUGUCACACUAGAGAUCGCAUCACACAAACACCUUCAUCAUGAAUCUGGCCAAAGCUCUUGUAGAGGAAGUGGUGAAGCAGGAAGUGAGGCACGACGUGGAGGGCUCCUUUGGGCAUGGACACCACAUGAUGGGUCACGGCCACCAUCAUGGACAUCAUCACGGACAUCAUCAUCAUCAUGGACAUAAUGAACCAUAUCAAGGAUACGGGCCGGUACUUGUACAGCCUCAAGUGCCUGUAUACGGACCCGGAUACGUACAGCCUCCAGGAUACGGAUACGCACCAGCAAUCGUGCAGCCACAAGUACCAUCAUAUGGACCCGGAUACGUACAAUAUUUAGGAUACGGUCCUGAAUACGGGCAUCACCACGGACACCAUCAUGGACAUGAUCACGGGCAUCAUCAUGGGCAUCAUCAUGGACAUCACUGAGUCUGACAUCAUCACAUAUACAGGACUGAAGCUGAAGACAUGAGUUUGGACCGAGGCUUGUUGUCCUACUUUAAGGGUUUCAUUCUGAAAGUAAAUUGCACAAAUGCUUUGCUCUAGCAAUAGUUUUCUAUUUUGGAUUUCAUGGUAACUGUUUAAAAUUAGUAUACUCUGUGUGAUCCUGUCCUUUAAACUACAAUGUUAUGUUUCUAUAUAUUAGUCAAACUGCUACAUGUUUUCAGUUUCUAUGCAGGUUUCACAACUCUUAUAUUGUUGAAAGCCAUUAAAUUGCAUGCAGCACAUUUUAAAUUAUUAUUUUAUGGUUGUUAGGCAGCAUGUCAUAUUACAAGUUUGUUUUAUGAAAUGUGAAUAUGCUUUUUUUUGUAUUGUUUUUUUUUUUUUUGGCAACUUAAAAUAAACUCAACCUAUGAAAUGGU